AUGUACGGUAGCUUCGGCGGGAAGAUGGACUGGGCGCGGUGUCACUUCGAGAUCAAGCCACCGGACUACAUCACCGGGAUGAGACACUUCCUUGUAGGCGACGAGAAUGAUAAGGGGGUGAUGAGGAACUUUCUUGUCGUGACGGAUGAAAACGGCGAGUUUUUGCUUCAAGAAGAAGACCCUGACCAGUGGCUGAUGCUGCGGAACCUGGUGCUUCUUCGUGAUUGCGUGACCGGAGAAGUGGUGGUGUUUACAAGGUCACCACAGAUGACGAAAACAGGAGACAUCGUGCUAGCCCUGCAAGAUUUAGGAGAAGAGAUGAUAGGCAAGAUGCUGUGUGACGAGGACGAAGAAUGGGUAGAUGAAAUUAUGUGA